CUCCUCUGUUUCUUCAUCUCUGGCCAAUCUAAAAUACUUCAAACCUCCUCAAAUGCAAUUUUAAGCUGAGCUCAUAGCAAGCUUGCAGCAGCCUCAAAUACUUAACUAGUUACUUGGGAGCAUUUCUGUACUCCCUUGGCCUGACUGUCAAAACCCUUCCAACUGAAAGCAGAAAAAAAUUGGCAUGUAGUCAAGAGAGAAUUGAAAAGCAAAGACCAUAGGCACAAUGUCAGAUUAAUCUCUGUGUUAACUUCACUGGAGCACUAUGUCUGGAACGUAUUAAUACAAUUUUGCUGUGUGAUCUGUCAGUUGCAUGCUAUCAUUCUAAGUAGUGACUCUUUAAAACCUUGUCCUCCAGGUUAAAUGAAUUUAGCAAUAGUGAACUGGCAGAUCAUAGGAGAUGUUUGUCCUUAGAGGUGUCUGUGGUGGAAAUCUGCAGAUUUUGGUGCUUAGCCCAAUGCUUUUUCACAUUUUUAUUGGUGAACUGAAAAUACGUGUAAAAUUGCUGUUGAUAAAAUUUGUUGAUGACAAAAGAAACAGACAUUCUUCUGGGGAAAUAUAAGUAUAGAGAAGUCAGGCAGAAAAUUUCACAACAGCAAUCUGGCCAUUUGCCUUUUUGCUAAUGAGGUAUAUUGAUAACAGGAAUCUCUGGCCAUGCACGUGUGCAUAUGACAUUUUUUAUUGUUUUCCCUCAGGAAACUGGAACUCAAGGUUAGAGAUAACAAACUUAUCUUACAUAUAUUAUUAUAGAGUAUAUACAAGUAUAUAUUAUUUUGAAGUAUGUUAAAAUUUGGUGAUCUGUGGUGAGCUUUGGGUAUGCUUACUCUACCUACAAAGUGCAUAUCUGGAGAGGGCUUUGUCCUUUUGCUCAGACAGGAGUUGGAAGAAACCACCUGUUCAACCCUUGCACACUCUCAGAUAUGCUCCCCACCUUCCAUGGCAAUCUUUGCAGCUUUGGACACUUGUCUGGUUUGAGUUGUUUUUGUUUAUGGUUUUGUUGAGCUCAUGACUAGGGAGCAAUGCCCUAGUAACUUUAAGGGAAGUGACCUUCUGGUUCAUUCAUUGUCACAUUCAGACUAGGAGGAGGAGAAAUGAAGCUGUCGUCAUCACAGCCGAACUGUAAUAAUGUGAAGUUACAGGGGAAAAAAAGGAGGUGAAUUCCUGACCUCGGAAUUUAUGGAUGUUUGGCUACUCACUCUAACAAAACAUUGCCUUCUUUCUGAGGCUGUCAGCUUUACCCAGUCACCUUAGAGAAGGUUUACAUUAAUCAAUUAGAUUAUAUAUGUGUAUAUAUAUAUUUAAUGCAAUUAAAAGAAAAAAAAAAUCAAUUCCAAAUAUAUGCUUUGCUAUAGAAAAGUCUUUCCAGAAUGUAAGAAAAAUCCCCACCAACAAUAUGCACAUCUAUCCCCUGCCUCCAUGUGGUGACAUCUCCUGCCUCAUUUCUUCUGUGCUUUCCUUGCACUGGCAGCACUACUGGCAUUCGUGCUCAGGCAGCCCCCAAACAGGCCACCGUCAACAAGAAAAAAGACGUCAAUUCCUUGAGAUAAUCAGCAUUUGCCUAAAAAGCAGAAACAACCCUGCUACCAAUGGUUUGGCUGAGGAUUACAUUAGCAUCCUCACUCCCCAUUCCCAGCUCAUUAGCAUCUUGUGGCACUUCAAAACCAGCCAGAGGUAUGGCUCUGGUGCUGCCCUGGUAGGGUGGGGUGCCUGUAACCCAUCACUGGCAGUAGCAAAGGGUGGCAGUGGAUGUUUUUUUUGCUGUUUCAGCCUUUCCUGGAUCCCCACUGCCGGUCAGUGCCCUUUGCACAAAACCUGCCAAGGGGCAAAUGAGUUUCUCUCAUUAACAGCGUAAUUGAUGAGGAAUUAUGGACAGCUCAGCAGGAAGAGCAAAGGCCAUAAGGAUGAGCAAAAGCACUACGUGCACAGCACUAGCUGCAAGGUUUUACUCCUGGAAGAGGUAGACCUUCACCAAGCUCACCCAGCUGCUUAGAGCUGGGUGUACUGUGACAGGCAGCAAGACCAGAAAAUACCUUCCUGUUAAUUAGUGGCAAGAAUAUUUCUGAAAUAAGGUAUAUUUAUACAUGGCUCCAUGUUGUCUUGAGCCUUACUGAUGUCCUGGAAGUCCUAGUCUCUGUUUUCACUUCAGUUUUCUACUUUAAUUUUGUUGGCAUAGGAGUGGAAAAAAAAGUGAUUCUCUAAGAUUUUGCACAUGUGGUGUGUGCCAUAUCUCUCCCCCUUCCCUGGCUUUUUGGAGUCAUUGGUUUGCUGGUGACUGCCCAGGCUCAUCCCCUAGCCAGGGCCUGAUGCUGGUAGUAGAUUAUCUCCUCAGGGAAGCAUGAACAAGGGCUGGCUGUGUUUACUGGUUAUAGGGGUAGCCCCCCUUCCCACUGGAGGAAGAGUGCACAUCCCAGUACAGAUGACGUGAGACAUGUAUGCUGGAUGAAAACCAUACAGUAUUUGCUUAUUUUCCCAGUGGGCUGAAGGUCCAGUGACCCCCACCCGUGCCCCACAGAACAUGGUGUUGCCACCCGGCUGCGGUGUUCUUGGUGAGGACUGUGAAGCAGGUGCUGAGGUGAACAAUCCGCAGGCGAGGCACAGGGCGUGCCCGCCACCUCCAGGGAGACAGCAGGGACAGUGCCGCCACCAGCACCGCCACCAGCACCGCCACCAGCACCGCCACCUCACACAGCAGCAAGAUGUCUGGGGUAGAAGACGCUUUCCGUAAAUUCGCAGUAUAUGGUGACACAGCUGCCAGCGGCAACGAGAUGACAGGGAAAAACUUUUCCAAGAUGUGCAAAGAGUGUGGGGUGAUGGAUGGAAAAGCCGUGACCAGCACUGAUGUCGACAUAGUAUUCAACAAAGUCAAGACCAAGGGUGCCCGCACCAUCACCUUUGCUGAGUUCCAGCAGGCCAUGAAGGAGCUCUGUGGUAAACGUUUCAAGGGCAAAUCACCAGAGGAAGCACUGCAGGCUGUGUAUGGCCUCAUCGAGGGGAAGGAGCCGGGCAGUGCAGGCACCACGAAAGCCACCAAGGUUGGUGGGGUCGAGAGGCUGACAGACACUAGCAAAUACACUGGCAGUCACAAGGAGCGCUUUGAUGAGAGCGGCAAAGGGAAGGGUCUUGCUGGCCGUGAGGACCUGACUGACAACAGCGGCUACGUCGGUGGCUACAAGGGAGCAGGCACUUAUGACAAGACACACUAGGCAUGAAACUACUUAGGAAAGCAAGGACUUUCUUCCCCUAUUACUUGGGAGGAGAGGCAAAUAAAUACCUCAUGCA